AUGAUAAACUACUUAUGUAAUUAUAUAUCUUAUUCUUCAUUCCCAUUUACUUUGAGUAGAAUAAGCCAUCUAGUUUUAAAUUACAGUAAUUCUGAAUCAAAAUCUAAAUAAAUAAUCAAAGGGGAUCUAAGGAAAACAGCAAAAAAGAGUUCGCUCUCACAUUUGAUAAGAUUGUUGAAAGAACGUGAUGAUCGCGAAUAAGAUGAACUUACACCUCUGGUAACAGAUAAGUAAAAGCAAACUAAAAAGUUUAUAAAUUUAAAACCAUUAAAAAAGGCCAUAGAGAAAAUAAAUCAAAUUAGACAACAGCAAUAAAGCAGAAGAAAAUCAGCCUAUGGUGAAUGCUUUGGUGAAUUGACAUAAAAGUAAAUGGAGAAUCUUCCAACAUCUAUUGAAGAACAUAAGUAAAUUAAUGGAUAAAGAUUUGCAUUAACAAGUUUUGCUGAUAUAUUGGAGAGAAAAAAAAGAAAAAGGACCACUUAAAAGCCAAGUCUUUUAAGAAAAUUAUCGAAAUAAGAAUCUUUGGUUGAAUAUGAUUAUUUGGAAAGACCACCAUCUUGCAAGACUCCUCCAAAAUAAAUAAUAAUUAAAUAACAACCUAAAUAGAAAAUAGAGUCAACAAAAGAGAAAAAAGUUAAAUAAUUAGACAAGAAGAUGAUCAACUUUUUAUAAGGAAAACCACCUGAAGUUUAAUAGUUUGUACAAAGAAGGAAGGCAUAUACAAUAAAUUAUUAAGUAACAACUCCUUAAUCUUUGUCCAUAAUAGGAAAUCAUAGAAAUUCAACACUUCUACCAAAUUUACCUAUAAACAAAGUGAAUAGAUGUUAAACCAAUUCAUAUGAAUCAAAAUACUCACCUUAGUUUAGUAAUCGAUAGAUUUAGAAUACAGAUAGACCAUACGUUAGAUAUAAUAAAACCUUGAUAAAACUCAUCAAGUCAGAUAUAAAAAAUAAUUGA